AUGGCGGCGCAGGAACGCCCCGCGCCGCGCUUCGUCUACGUGACGCGCUUCGGCUCGCACCGGUGCGGCGGCGUGUUGCGGCUGGGCCGCCGGCGGGGCGCGGCCGCCGAGGAGCCGCGGGGAGCGGCGGCGGCCGCGCGGCCUCCCGACCCCCGGGCCCCUCAGCCGUCGGCCACAGGUGGCGCCAGGGGCUCGCCGCCCGCCUUCCCGCCCCCGCUCUGCGACCCCGGCUCGGGAGGCUUAACCCAGGAGAAUUUAUCUAAAAAGUUUGAUUUCCCCAUACCUUUGAGUGAAGCUUCCAAAAAAAUGAAGAAAAAGAAAAAGGAUUCGGCAUGGACCAGUGUACACAAAGUCAUUUCCAGAAUGCUUAAAGAAAAUGAAAAGUAUAGACUCAGGCUAAAGUGUCAACAAUCAUCUACUGAAAGAGUGAACCCUGUGGAUCUGUUGACCAAAGAAGAUUGUGAAGAGUUUAAAGAUGGAACUUUAAAUUGAAUCAUAACCUCUUUGUUUGGGUGGUUUGUUGGAAUUAGAAUUUCAGUAAUUGGAUAGAAUGACAUAUUAGGGCACAAAAUUAAUAGUAUUUUGGGGUCAGAGCAGUGCUGGGGAUCGAAUCCAGGUUGACCACAUGCAGGCAAGUGCCCUAUCCAUUGUACUAUCUCCAACCCCUAAAAUUUUUUUCUUCUAGCAUUUCCACUACAUUCUCAUGGUUUCCAUU